UCAACUUCCUGUUAAAAUUAGCCACGCCUUUUAGCUUCACGUUUGAACUUUUCACAAAUGAAAGAUGGUAUCUGGAGUUAAAGGAUAUCAACAAUGACACCAAUUAGACUACGUGUUAACAGAAAGAAGUAUGCUUACUUCCUCAAGUGUUCGUAAAAUUCCGAGACUGAAAACACAGCAAGUAUCCAUGGAAAGGCGUAGAAGAUUGAUGAAGUUUGUUUACGUGCCAAGGCCAUUGUGUACAUCACAAUCACAUUGUGUAGCGCACAGGACACAACAUCAGCACAUGGUCAACAGAUAGCGACUUCAAUAUCUCUUGAUCGUUGGUAACAAAAUGCCGCCCUAAUUAAGAUGUGAUGAAUGAUCUCCGAGUACAAUAAGAAACGUCCGUGAUACAUGAUGCUAGGGACUCGGGCAUCUGUCUUAUAAUGAGAUUUAUUGUUUUAUUAAUUGAGAAACAAAAACACUUUACUUGUCUAGUCAUUAUUUAAUCAUUUUAUGUUUUUCAGUUUUACAAUCUACUUACACUUUUUAUCGCUGGUGCUAAUUUCAUAAUUUUAAGUAAUGAAAUGAAUAGUGGACACUCGCGUGCAAUCGCAAAUACUUGCGAACGAAGUCAGAAUAAACUUCAGAUGAUAGCAGAAAUGUUGCUUCUGUCUUGUGAGGCCCGUCCGCUUCGAUCAUGUUUUUCUAGUCACAUUGUCAGUCCGUCCUACCUCCAUGAAAAAAUAUCGGCCACCGUUAAAACAAUUAUGACUUUGAUGAAGGCUAUUAUAGCGCAUGUACAUAUGAUCUCCACAAAAUGGCUUGAAAUUUGUGAAGGGCUUCAAGAAUUGAGUUCUACGACAAUCGGUUUGAUCGAACUGUGCAGUCACACAGCCUACUUGGUUGCAGUGGACUUCCCCGGCUGUGAGCUGGCAGAGGAUGGACUCGUCGACAGAUACAGUGUGUUGCUGUCAGGCUUGGAGAUAAAGAUGAGUUGUAACCGAUUGAAGCGUGCACGGGUAGAAGAUUUAACCCCACAACUCAUAAUAGAUCUGUGUUCCAACAUCUCACGCCAUAUCUCUGUGAUCACAGAUAUAUGUCGCCUGGCCGGAGAAUCGGUCACGGAUGAGAGCACAUCUGAUCAGUUCAAACUUUGUGUGAAGAGUGUGACCUGUGCUGCGGGAUGCCUGAUUGCCAGUAUAAAAUCCUACAAGUCGCAUCCCAGCCAUACGCAUCAUUCCAGAGUGAUCGUUUUCUGUGAACCCGUUCUGGCAGCAUCCACAGCACUAGUCGGUUUUGCCACGGAAGACGAUUUUACAGGAAAGCAAGCUCUACUUACAUCAAAAGCUAGAGACACACAGAAGGCAGUACUAGGGUCCUGUAUGAGUAUCGUGUCGGCGGUUAUACAGCUAUGUAAGACCGUGCGUGACCUGGUUUACGAUGUGAUGAAGACACAACACCGCGAGAAACUCCACCUUUGUACGGAUUCUGUUGAGCGUGCUUCGUCGAGGUUACAUGACACCUUGGAGCAGCACAGUAUAAGUGAAAGGGCCCUGGAGUUAUGCAAAGUAAAAAACGACGAGGAAAAUAGUAAGAAUGAAGUGGACGAACAUUGCGACAGUUACCAUAGCGACAGCACUUCUACCUCCACUGUGUCUGGAUCAGAAAACUCGGGAAACUCAAUGGCAUCAAGAUGAUGAAGAUGUAUUUAGUCCUUCGUCCUAUUCCUUGCUUCCUAUCCUCCCUUCUCCCUCUCUUCCUAACCCUUGCCUUCCUCCAUCUCUCAAACACUCCCUCUCCCUUUGUACACAUUGGUUGUUUAAAUUAAGUGAGAUUGUUUGAUAAUCAAUUUAUUCACAACUUUUUCAUAAUAUUUAUAAUUCAUUUUUUUUAUCAGUUAUUUCUUUAAUACUUACAUGCUUAUUUGCUAUCUAACUUUUCAGUUGUUUUGUGGUCAAAUAUAUUGACAACUUUGAAGUAUUUAAACGGCCCAUUCACAGAACGAUUUUUUACACAACUAAAUCAUUUGGAAUGAUUGUGGUAUACUUAUAUGUAACAUAGUUAAAAGGUUUGCACACAUUCAGUUGAAAUUGCCUUAGUUAAAGUUUUAUUUAGGCCUGUCUGUAAUGUUUAUUGUGUCUAUUUUGUUUCUGAGUAUUUUUUAUGCGUAUCGUUAAUACUUUACCCCACUCUCUUAUGUUUUGUAGUGGAAUGUUGAUUUAUAGGUUAUGUAGGUCACCAUUUGUCUGGUGAGGUGCUGUUUGUUCUAGUCAAUAUAUAAUAAAAUAUUUAUCUAAGGAAUCACUAUCGUAGCAAGCAACGGUAUAAAAAUCUGGUGCUUGGGAUGAUGAGCAAAGUCAAGAAUGACCACAUCUCUGCCAAAUAUUUAAUCAAAGGAAAUAAAAAUUGCCAUUUUUAGAGAAGAUGUAAGUUAGAUAUUUGAAAACUGGAAUGUGCCAUUUUUUUUUUACCAGACUAUACAAUCAAUGGGAGUUAUUUCCCUUUAUAUUUCAUGGUGCAUGGGUUUAUAAUUUACAGACUACGAUAAUAUCCAUAGCCAAGUCACAGCUCAAUGAACUCAUUGGUUUUAUUUGAGAGAAUGUAAUUGGUAAUAUUACAAUGAAUAUUAUCCCAACAUAUAUGUAUCUAAUGGCCCCCAAUAUCACAAAAUGUUUGGUCUGGAAUAAACUGGCUGUAUCACUGUAAUAAGAUUCACCAGGUAUGUAAUAAAACCGGCUGUAUCACUGUAGUAAGAUUCAC